AUGAAUUCUACACGCAUCUCUCAUGCCGGAUACUUUGACUCUCCGGAAUUUUUAUCAUUGGUUCUCCACAUCAAUACAAUUAUCUCCACACCGAUUCAUCUAUUCGGAUUCUACUGUAUUAUAUGGAAAACUCCGAUAGCUAUGAAAUCUGCGAAACUGUAUCUGCUGAAUUUGCAUAUCUGGGUUGUUUUGUUUGAUUAUUCGUUAAGUACUCUAACCAUUCCAUUUUUGCUAUUACCUCAUUUCGCUGUUUAUACUCUGGGGGUGUUCAGUUGGUUUCAUGUACCGUAUUGGUUCCAGAUUACAAUGAUUUUCUUUUUUUUUGCAAAUAUGGUCGUCUCAAUUGUUACAAUUUUUGAAAGCCGUUUUUAUACAGUUUGCCAAUUUGCUUGGAAGCCUUACUGGAAACGUUGGCGCAAAGUCGGGAUCACCAUUUACCACGUUGUUUAUAGUUGUUUAGUAAUACCAUUCGUUUUCUUGGCACCUGAUCAGGAAACAGCAAUAAGAAGUGUUUUCGCGAAACUCCCACGCCUACCUCAAUACAUUUAUGAAGCCAAUAUCUACGUCCUAUGUGAAGACUAUACUUACCAUUUGUUCUCGUUGGUGGCGAUUCUCAUUUCUGCCUUUGUCAUGGUUUUCUCAUUCUCAAUUCUUCUGAUGUGGAAUGCAGUAGUUCAACUAAAAAGCCGAACCAUGUCCCAAAAGACUUUUCAACUUCAGAAAUCAUUUCUCAUAUCUUUAGGAAUUCAAAUAUUAAUUCCUGUUUGCACGUUCGCACUACCUGGUAUUUAUUUAUGGAUUUCAAUUUUGGUGGACUAUUACGAUCAGUCGCUUAACCAUUUCACAGUAUGUUUAUUUUCCAUACAUGGGUUUCUGUCUUCGAUGGUCAUGACAUUAGUGCAUCGCCCUUAUCGAGAAGCAUUAUUUAGUUUCUUCUCGAAGAAGGCGUCAACGAGAUCCAACGAGAAUUCUACUAGAAGAUUUGCCCGGUUUAAUCACGCCGUUUCUGUUGGAGUUAUUGCAACUUGA